AAAAUAAAUAACCGAAACGACUAAGAUUUAGUUCCGCAUUGCAUACUUAUCAAUUAUAAUUAUAAAAAUAACGAAUGUUUAUACAUUUAUGUGUGUUACAAUGUUAAUUUGUAAACUUAUUUAGUUAUUGUCUAAUAAUGUGCCCUAUAUUAAAUUCGUAUGCUACUGAAGUGGUAUGAGUCAGUGAAGAGAAUAAACAAUGGAACGCCCGUGUUUAAUUGCUGCGGUGGUUAUAUUUCUAUUGAUGAAAUAUGGUAUCACGGAUCGCGGUGAUUACAUAGGGUGUUAUAAGCUCAAAGAGGACGUAUUAAACACUCAUACAGGACAGUCUGUAGAUGUCUGUCUUUCAGCUUGCGAACAAGUUUACUAUAAGUAUGCACUCAUCGGUAACGGUUCUACUUGUUACUGUGGUAACGAACCUGGUCAAUUUAAGCUCGGCUUAGAUUCUUGUAUUACACCGUGCCCAAAAAAUGAAACUCAGAAAUGUGGAAGUGAAUUUGCCGUAAGCGUGUACGAUACCGAGGUAACCAAACCGGGGCCUCCUACGUCUGUCGCAAUUUCAAAUAUAACAGAGACUACAGUACGUGUUCGAUGGAGUCCUCCACAAGCAUUCAUGAGAAUCGAUGGUUAUGUCAUCAGAGCAAUAAUUGUUGAAACAUAUGCCGACUUCGUAUUAAUGCCCCUGGAAUGGAGAGUUGCUAAUGACACACUUCAAACAGAGUUACCCAAUCUCCAUCCAGGAUCUGUAUACAAUAUCAGUGUUGCUGCUACAAACUAUGAAGAAGAAGGGCCCAAUGUUACUACUAAAGCUGAAACUAUAAUUGGUACACCUGAUCCCAGUCCGCCUGACAUUGUAAUUAAAGAAAGGCAUGGAGAUCAAAUGUUAGUACAUAUUCCGGAAGCCAAAAAUGUUAAUGGACCUAUAUCAAGGUACAGAAUAGUUGUGUCUAUUGAACUCUAUCAACAAGGCUUUAUAACUGAAAAUCUAGGAAACUAUACAUUCGCCACUAAGGAGGAUUAUCCCUACUAUAUCACUGCUGAACUAGAUCCUGCAGAAAUUAAAAAUGAUUUCAUAAUUGGUGACAGAUCAACAUAUAAUGGUUACUAUAACGCACCUUUACUCUUGACAAAUGAUAUAGAAGUGUCCAUAGGAGUUGUUAGUAAGAAAAAUUAUGUGACUAAAGUAAGGUAUGCCGAGUCGACUAAGAAAAUUAUUUUAAACAUAAAUGAACCUGAGGUUGUGUCGCCACUGGUGGUAGGGCUUGGGGCUGGUAUUGCAAUAGGAGUAGUGCUCCUGCUCAUAGGGAUUGGAGCCCUGAUUGUUCUCCGCAAGAAGAUCCACAUUAAUAGGAUGCAAAGAGGCUCACAAUCAAUGCCUUUGAAUCUCAGUGAACCAUGCUUAGAAAUUGAAAAUGCAGGAUUCUUACAGGAUGAAGAUGAGAGAGUGGACUAUUACGGCAAUUUGAAACGUAAGCUAUGGAAUAUACCGAGAAACCUCAUAGAUAUAGACAUCUCAUGUGUUGUGGGUGUAGGAAGCUAUGGGAAAUUCACUAAGGGCAAGGUACAGCAACACGGCGCACAAACCGGUGGUUUGGUUCAAGUGAUCAAUGAUAAAGAACUCGAGAAAGCAGAGAGGAGAGUAAUGCUUCAAGAACUCGACUUACUUAUUAAAUCUUGUGAACAUGAAAAUAUUGUAUCACUUAUUGGCAUCUGUGAGACGAGCACCACCCUACUUGUGGUUCUGCAGGAUACAAAAACAUCUCUUAAGGAAAUGUUGCUUCAAAGCAGGCAAAGGGAUCUCAAAAAUAAUAAAUUCUGUCUCAUAACAGAGAACAAGGCUCUACAAAUUUGUAUGGAUGUUGCUUGUGGAAUGGAAUAUUUGCAUAGUAAAAAGAUAGUACACAAAAGACUCAGUUGCCGUAACAUAGCUAUAAGUGAAUCUGGUGUAGCCAAGGUUUCAGGGUUCGGGCUCUCCCACAUCAGGCCUCUACAUGAAACUCCAGACUACACUCGCUGGACUUCCCAUGAAAUGCUAAAACAGACAAGGUUCAACCCCAAAGCCGACAUCUGGUCUUAUGGUGUCCUCAUGUGGGAGGUUUUCACAAUAGGGGCCACGCCAUAUUCCCAUUCAGCUAAUAAAGAAGUGGCAGCUAGAAUUAUAAGAGGCAUGAGACCAUCUCAGCCUUCAUAUGUUGGAGACGAGCUCUUCCAACUGUGUCUCCAAUGUUGGCAGGUGGACCCGGAUGAGAGACCAUCUUUUACUUCCCUAUUGAAUGAAUUGCUGCCACUGGCCGAGAGCCCGGGAACCUGCAGCCUAAGUUUCACUCACUACAACGGCUUUAACUAUGAACCUCACGUGCCACAGUAUGAGAUUGAGACACCCUAGCCCUUCAACCUCCCGGUGAUGCAGGGCAGCUUCAAGAUUUAGUUAAUAUCCCUAUAAAUAUGUAAUAUAACAAAUACUAACUAAAAAUAUUUAAACAUGGAUCUACCAAGUAAUAGCAAAACAUUUAAGCGCCGAGUUAGUUUUAGCCGCGUGUAGUGUAUUAGUGUAUAGAUAUCUUAAAUCCAAAGAUCUGUAUUCAACCGCCAAUCAUUAUGUGUGGGUGAUGACACAUACAACUUAUACUCCGCCAGAGACAGCAAUAUUUUAUCAAUUUAUUAUAUAACCCAAAUUGUUACGAAAUCUAAAAAAUAUGCUUAAAAUUGAGCUUUCAGCUUAGCUUCUGAGGGUGGUUGUAACACCUGAAGUCGUGUAACAAGCAACACAAUACUUGUGUCGUAAAACGUAAUAUAUACUAUGCCAAAUAAGAGUAACACAAGUUAUGUAGUGAAGUAACACAUGCCUACAUGAAGAUCUUUUUUAUUUACUGCAAGCCUCUUUUACAGCAAUUCCUAAGACUCAAUGCUCAAAGUCCGUAUUUUUGUGUUUCCUUGAAGUCCAAGACAUUCCAUAUUAAUAUUAUUUUGUACUUAAUUUAAUUUUCUUUACUCUUAAUGUCGUCAGUCCGUCCAUUUAUAUUUUUAUAUGAAUCUCAUUUUAGUUAUUUAGCAUUUAAAUGACUAAUAAAUUUUUGUAAACAA